UUUGUCAAAUCAAUUACUAGACUAAUUACCACCGGAUUUAUUUGUCCUAUAUAAAUAGUUUUAAUUUACUCGUGAAAAAAUCGAUUAAAUUGUUAUAAAAAAAUUAAAUAAAAAGUUAAAAUAAUGGCCGAAGGAACUUACGAAUAUGAAUGUAUGAGGGCUGAACUGUUGGGCAUUGACAAGCCAGACCAAGAAGAAUUUGAAAAGGCUCGAGCCGAUAGACUGCAGCAAGAACAAGCUGAGCGUGAAGCAGCUGAAGCUAAGAUUCUAGAGGAACAAGAUGAAGCUUUAAAAGGUGCUGCCAGCAAAUUGGAUGAACUAACUGGUAUAUUGUCAUCGACACAACAAAAACUUAAUCGCUUUAAACAAACUGCUUGUGGCAGUCUGACUAAUAUAUUCAGCAGAACUGGUUCAAUGGAUACUGGUAAAACUCAGCUCACUGAAGACACGCCCAAUACUUCGUCAAGGCGUAAUACCACAGCAGCCAACACGUCGGCCGAUAUAAAUCAGGCUCUUGAUAAUUUGGAUAGCAUGCAACAUCAGGAGGGUCAGCCAGUAAUACCAACAGAAAAAAUACGUCAAGCAAAAUUGGAUUUGGAUAAAAAGAUGUCUUCUCAGUUAGGUGCUUUGGAUAGAAUGAUUAACAAAGCUGAACACGCCGAAAUAGCCAUGCACGAACAAACCAAGCAAAUGCGUAAAAUGGCCAAGUAAAAAUAUCUACAAUUAAGUAUCAAAGAUAUUAUAUAUGGAUGUAUGUAUUUUCCCAAAUUAAACAAGCAUUUGUAUAAGGUGUCGCUUGUUUUUAAACAAUUAUUUAAAUCUAUUAUAAGUAAUUAUAAAUAUAUGGAAUUAUUGAUUAUUUUGUUUACUAAUUUUGAUUUUGUCCUAACGCAAAACACCUAAACAUUUAAGCUUUUAUAAGAUAUUCCAACGCUUGGAGUUCCAGAAUGAAAUACAUUUGUAUAAAAAAAAACUGGUACAAUUACGCUGUUGAGGACUUCCAUAUCUCAAGCUGCAAAAAAAAAAAUAAAAAGCA